AUGCCGUUCUUAAUCAUUAUCCGGUCGGUUAAUCGUGCUCGUCUCUUCUACAUUGCACUCUCUCCCCGGCUUCUGUUUUCCGCCGGAAUUAGCGGUGUCAGUCAGCAUUCGGCCUUGGUCCAACCAUUACCAACUUUCAAAUUACUAUUUAUUUGUAUGGCUGCCCAGUCGAUUCGGGCUCAACAUCGUCGCUCCAGUUAUUUCCGGCAGUCCAGCGAACCCGGCUUUCGAAGAGUGGUGGACGAGGAGCCUCAAAUUGUGAAGAGAACUCAAUCUGGCGCCUCUCUGCUCCCGGACUGGCAUGGCAUCGCCCAAACUGCGAGCAAUUCAGGACUUUAUCGGUUCUUCAAAAGGGGUAAAGUUAGACUUGAGAAAAAAUUUCGGGGAUUUACAUAAGCAGGGAUUCCUCAAAGGAGGGACCUAAAGUUUUGUUGUUGUCCUAGAUCAUUUUAUAUUUCCAAAAUGAACGUGGAAUGUCAACGAAAGAAAUCAAAGGCUGGUAGGUGGUUUUAUAAGAAUACAAAGUAGUCUUAUGGAGUCAUUAGAACAUGAUUUUUGUAAUGUUGGAGCGCUGUGUCGACGUGCAUUUCAAACUUGUUCGGACCAUGCCAAAUUUGCAAUUAGAGUGCCCCUAGAAUCCAAUAAUUAAUUUUCUGUAACAAAAUUCAUAAAUGUUACCGUAACCUGGUACACUGUAAGUGAGGGUCGUAUUUUAUAUCACGAGAACCAGACGCGAUAGAGGCAAACCGACUUCACCGUCGCCUCCUCGUACACGGAAACCAUUUUUUGCAAACUAGGCCGAGUCUCUAGCACGGCCAGAAAAACUUGAAUUUUCAUGAUAUUUGCCACCAAAUUAAGUUUUUGCCUAAUUUCUCAAAAAUUUUGAAUAAUUUUCCGGGUUUUUUUUUCGUAAAAAACUAGAGGUGAUUGCGGUUCAAACGAGUUUAAAAAUUCCAAAAUAUGAUUCGACGUGGUUGCAAACAUGUCGAUUGGCACUUCACUCAAUAAUUUCUUUUUUGUGACUUCAGACGUUCUGAGGUGAAAUAUUCAGGGAAUAUUUUCGUUUCCUUUGCCACCUGAUUAUUGGGAGGAAGCUAUGAUGUCCUUAGUUCAACGACUUACUUAAUGUUGUGAUAGACGGACGACGGAUUCUGGGUUUCACUCACGUCUGAUGACGUCGGUCUUUAAUUAGGAACACAUAAUUAAUCCAGCCUCUCGAAACGGAUGUACUUUGCAGCUGCGAUUACAACUUCGCUUCACUCUUAUUAGAAGUACGCGGCGCUUAAUCGGAUGAGAAUUCGGGCAACAAAAUUCACACCAACUAAAUAUUUUGGUCACGCAAUCAGAUUUGAAGUGACUUAGAGUGGGCUUCUCAUGAGCAUAAUCUAAUAAUAUGCUCUCCUUCCCGUCCGUCUUUACUUUUACCAGUACUUUUGUUCUCCCGAUGUCAUCUCCCAUGUCUUCGAAGACCCUGUUCGCCUUUAAAGGUUUAGCUUUUCCUCUUAUCAACAUCCAUUUCAGAGAUGUUCAAUGUACUUUUCUCACUAGCCAAGGAUAAUGUGGGUCCAGGAACACCAGUCUCGUCUCCGGCCAGUAAGUCAAGGGCUCUCCAGAUGACCGGUUUCAGGUUCCAGCAGAGAUGGAUUGGUGGCCACUGUCUACAAACAAUACCGUACGCGUGCCAAGCUUCUGGAGCCGUACAGACGCAUUAAGAAUGCAUUGAAGAAGAUGCAAGAUGACUAUUCAGAGGCCAAAGACCACAACAUCUUCCUUAGAUAUACGCACAUGCAACAUAUGGUACAUGAAGUGAGUUGUUGUUAUUCACAAAUCAUGAUAAGAUAUUAAAUACUAUAAUAUAACAUGAAUUAAUUGUGUUUGUUUAAGGUUGUAUUACUGGAGAAACAAUACUGGCAACUGAUCGACGUGCCCCCUCACGAAGUGUCCGAAACGCCCAAUUCUUAUGUCUUACGGUAGGUCUAAUAACAUGGAUAUAAAUGAACGACUGCAGAGUGAUGACCCUGCUGGAUGAAAAGUCGAAUGUGGUAAAAUCAGGCGGGAUAGCGAGUCUGCUGGGGACCACCAUCAAUAUUGCGGAGAAGACAAAGGACCAGAGUUUUUACGAGAACAUUCGUGGUAAGGAUAUUCGGGAGGAGGGGGUGAGGGGUCCGGCGUCAAUAAUUUUUUAUUUAUGCCCGCCUUCCACUGUUAACAUGACCAAAACAAAUAAGAUUCGGGAUAUUUAUGGGUCCGCGGAAUCCGGGCAUCAGAUUGGCACCCAGGACUUAGAAUUAUAUUGAACACAGUCCAUGCCAGAGACAUGUCAUAAAAUUUGAUAGGUCAUGAUUUCACAAUUUAUUCUUCAGCCAUGUCUACGGAUGACCUGAGGCGGGAAUGCGACCGGUUGUACACCGAGCUCUACAAAUUAAUCAGAAAGUAUCAAAAUCUUCGGUCAGUGGUCAGAGAACUCACGGAGGCCUAUCAAGACAGCAGAUAUUACCCUAUCAUGCCUCGCUAUUACCUCCUCAAAAACAUGAUCAAACGUGUCCUCAGGGCACCGGCUUUUUCCGAAGUCUGUCACGAACAGACCGAAUAA